AUGUCUUUAGUCCAAACUGUAGCCAAGUCAUCAGAUAUACCCCUGACAUGUAGUCAUGUCAAUCAUGUUAAAUACAUUUUGGAAGAAGAUAUUAUUCACUCACAUUGCCUGUUAACAUCAACAAACCAGAUAGAGAGCCUGGAGACUGGACCGAGGAGUAAGACCUAUGAAACUGCAAGAAGGUUCGAGAGGAGAAUUAAACUGGAUACAGGAAAAAGGAAAGGUUUAAAAACGUGGGUACGUUCAAACCCAUGGUUCACCUAUGCACUCUUCCCAGCAUUUUUUGUUGUACUAAUUAUACUUGCUUGCUGUGGGAAUCUCCACCGUCAGGUGCCUGCAAAUUACAUUCUCCUGAGAUUCUUUACACUUCUUCAAGGUCUGCUGCUUGGAACCGUAUCAGUUUUCUAUAAUGCGGAGGAAGAGUUGUGGGCCACAGCAGCAACCACUCUGGUGACAUUAGCACUCACUAUAUUUGCUCUACAAACAAAAUGGGAUUUUACCUUGCUAAACGGAAUGCUGUUCGUUUUCCUCUUCGUACUUGUAAUCUAUGGAAUUCUCUUAAUCUUCAUAGGAUCAUAUGUAAGUCACUUGCUGUAUGCUGGACUCGGAACCGUGCUCUUCUCCAUGUACCUGGUGAUGGAUGUGCAGCUCAUGGUGGGAGGGCGUCAUCACCACUCUGACCUGGACCCAGAAGAAUACGUUUUUGCUGCCCUGAACAUCUACUUGGAUAUCAUCAACCUCUUCAUUUUUAUUUUGCAACUGAUUGGACUGGGACGGUAGUGGUCCAGCCAAGGCUAGCUUGUGCUGAGAAGCAGGAAGGAGGGACACUUGUGACGUGUUGCCAGGCUCAGACACGCAAAGGUUACCACUUCCUAAACCCUUUUAUUUAAAAAAACAAUAUUUAAGAACAUUUUUGUUUGUCAAAGUUAAGCAUUUAAAGGUAGCUGUUGCUAUUCUUCUUACUUUUAGUUCCACUCUCACAUAGCAAAACUUUUGGAGGACAUUUCAGAUUUUUAUAAAUUCAAAGAAAUGAGUAUCAUACUUAAAAUAUUUGUAAGAUGCCCAUUAUUUUGUUCAAGUUUUCCAGGCACCAUUUCUGUACACAUCUCUCUACAUGAAUAAAAUGG